UAGAGAGAGAAAUUGUUUGUUAUAGUAUUUUAGUAAUAAUGAAUGAUUUCUAAGUAGAGUUAAGUUAAAAUCACCACUUUAAAAUGGUUGAGAGAAUUUUUUAUCAAAAAUAUUUAUAAAGGGCGUUUUUCGCAACUGAUUAAUAAUUGAAGAGAGUUUUUUUGUAAUUCGUAAAAUAUCUCAAUACCCUACUUUUUAGAAAAAAAAAUUUACUUUUUCCUCCCUUCAAAGAUGAGCAUAAUUGCAUCCCUCUAUUUUUUUCCUUUCUUAUCCAAACGCCAUAAAGAAAUUAUAUUAUCCUCUAAUUUCAUUUUUUUUUUCUCAUAUUUUUUUUUUUUCUGAUUAUCGGUAAAGCUGUUUCGAGAACUUUCGCGCCCUGAUGAUCGACUACGGUGGAAAAAAAACUAGUUUCAUCCUACCAGUCUCCGUCUACUGGUCACGACGACACGUGUCUCAAUCAUACGGAGUAUUAGUUAGCCUUUUCUUUUUCCCUACGUCAGUUACAGGAUUAACCCUCCAUUAAUGUCAUAAAUAUUGUUUGUUGAAGACCUUAAUAUCACUUACCAGAAAAACAUUAUAUCACAAGAGCACACAGUCACACACCUUUCUCGCCAUUUCUACAACAAACAAGGAAUCAAUAAUCGGGUUUUUCUCUCUAAUCAGAAAUGGCGGAUUUAAACCGAAUCACAGUUCUUGUUACCGGAGCUGGCGGUAGAACUGGAGAAAUUGUUUAUAAGAAGUUGAAGGGGAUGUCAGAUCAGUUUGUUGGAAAAGGUUUGGUGAGAACAGUAGAGAGCAAGGAGAAAAUUGGUGGUGCUGAUGAUGUUGUUGUUGGAGAUAUAAGAGAUGCUGACAGCAUUGUUCCUGCAAUCCAAGGUAUUGAUGCUCUUAUAAUUCUCACGAGUGCUGUGCCAAAAAUGAAACCUGGGUUUGAUAUUACUAAAGGUGGAAGGCCUGAGUUCUUCUUUGAAGAUGGAGCUUAUCCUGAACAGGUUGAUUGGAUUGGGCAAAAGAAUCAAAUAGAUGCUGCUAAAGCUGCAGGAGUGAAGCAUAUUGUGUUGGUUGGGUCAAUGGGAGGAACAAACCCCAACCAUCCCUUGAACACCUUGGGGAAUGGAAAUAUAUUGAUUUGGAAAAGAAAGGCUGAACAGUACCUAGCUGAUUCUGGAAUCCCGUAUACAAUUAUACGAGCUGGAGGCUUGCAAGAUAAAGAAGGUGGUGUCCGGGAAUUACUUGUUGGAAAGGAUGAUGAGCUUCUUCAGACCGACACGAAAACCAUUGCCAGGGCUGAUGUUGCAGAAGUCUGCAUUCAGGCACUACAGUUUGAGGAGUCCAAGUUUAAGGCAUUUGAUCUGGCCUCAAAGCUCGAGGGAACUGGCACGCCAACGAAGGAUUUCAAGGCUAUCUUUUCCCAAAUCACGGCUCGAUUUUAAUGUUCAAUGGGCAGAAUUAUAUAUUUGCAUCGACCUUCAAAAGUUGGUUAUCUAGAACAUAGUUACUAAUUACCUUUGGAUCAUGAUACUGAAUUUUGAUCCAGGAAAGAACACUGAGAGCAAACCAAGGAUGUUAGCAGUUUGUGUAUGGGUUUGUGAAAGCCCAUGUGGUGUUAUUUUUAUGAGACUUUAGUGACACUGCCAAAUUAAAGUAAAAUCUAAGUUCCUUUUCCUAUUAGAUAA